GACAGAUUUCCUCCCAGUGAGCAGUCUGAAGCCGGUCAGCAGCUUGGAGCGGAGCUCGCUGUGCACACGGGAUCGAUCGUUAAUAAAACACAUUUUAUAUCAUCAACAUGGAUUUCUCAGAGGAAGACUACGACUAUGAAAACACCACCUACAACUUCACCUAUGAUGACUAUCCUGCCGUAUGCGAGAAAGGGGACAUCCGAUCUUUCGCGGCCCUCUUCCUGCCCAUCAUGUACACCGUGUGUCUGGUGGUGGGACUGGCUGGAAAUGUUUUAGUCGUGGCUGUCUAUGCCUACCACAAACGCCUGAAGACCAUGACAGAUGCCUUCUUGACCCACCUGGCUGUGGCCGACUUGCUCCUGCUCCUCACGCUCCCUUUCUGGGCUGCUGAUGCUGCAAGGGGCUGGGAGCUAGGGGAGGUUGUUUGUAAAAUCAUGUCCGCCUGCUACACAGUGAAUUUCACCUGCUGCAUGUUGCUGCUGGCGUGCAUCAGCUUGGAUCGUUAUUUAUCGCUGGUCAGAGCACAGGAUAGAGACCAAAGACGAUGGCUACAGAGGGCGUUCACCAGGAAAUGCUGUUGGAAGGUGUGUUUAGCUGUUUGGGUGACAGCUUUCCUCCUUGGCCUUCCUGAUUUAAUACUCUCAGAAGUGAGGCAGGCAUCUGAUAGAAAUAUCUGUCUAACCAUCUAUCCUUCAUCUAUGGCUCGAGGAGGUAAAGCUGUCCUAGAGGUGGUGGAGGUGUUGUUGGGAUUCCUACUUCCUCUGCUGGUCAUGGUGACCUGCUACUGGCGGGUGGGCUGUGCACUCCGGGGCCUCCCUGAUGAGAGCAGAGGGAAGAAGUGGAAAGCUCUGCGUGUCCUUCUCAUUGUCGUAGGGGUGUUUGUGAUGACUCAGCUGCCUUACAACGUGGUUAAGGUGUAUCGGGCAAUGGAUACAGUCUACAGUUUAGUGACCCACUGCGGGACGAGUAAGGUGCUUGAUCAGGCGGCUCAGGUGACAGAAAGCCUGGCUCUCACUCAUUGCUGUCUGAACCCGAUCCUCUAUGCCUUUGUGGGGUCUUCCUUCAAGAUGCACAUGAUGAGAGUGGCCAAGAAGUUUGAAGCGCAGCGAAGGAAGAGGGGAAGCAAAACAACAGAAACUAAUGUGGAGGAGGGGAUGGAAAUGUCAUUCAACUCCCACACUGCAUCCCAAGAGACAAACACAUUCUCAAUAUGAGAAAUGACUAAAAUGUCAGUGAGGUCUAUGUGUCUAUAUAUGCACACAAGGUCCAGCAGGAGAGCAUAUAAAGCUUUUGUUGAUGUAGGGUGUAGCAGCAGUAGCAAAAUGCUUGCAAAUCAUUAAACUGUUCAAAAAUUCCACUAGUUUUAACAGUCUGUUCCUAAAAACAGUCUUUUUCUGCCAAAGCGAACAGUUUAUGUGCUGGUUUCAAAGAGCUCCAAUAUAUAUUACUCUUGCCCUCUGUUGAGGAGAAAAAAACAAACAUUUCAGCCACAUAUAUUUUAUGAAAAGACCUGUUGAGACAGUUUGUAGUUACUCUUUGCAGGAGUAGAUGUAUUUAUUUACAGUAGUAUCCAUUAGCGUUUGGACAAUGACAUCCACCACAGUGGGUUCACUGAGAACUAAUUCAAGUAUUGCAUUAAAUUUUCAAGAAUUACGGACAUUCUUAUUCACAGUGCUCCGUUUUCAAAUUCUGGAAAUUAAUUUUAGAUAUAAGGAUUAUUUUUAAUAGCUGGAUGAAAAUCCAAGUCCAUGGACAUCACCAACUGCUGCAUUUCAUUUCUUGAGAUGCUCCACUUGGCUCUUACUACAGCUACUUCAGUUGCUGCUUGUUUUUUUGGAUUCAAAAACCAUGCUUUUCUAAGUUGAAGUCAGGUGACCAAGUGGCAAGUUAAGAAUAUCCCAGCUCUCUGCCUUGAGAAACUCUUGGGUUGAUUUUCCAGGAUGCUUUGGGUUUUUUCCGUGUACACUGUAAAAUGCUAUCUGAGCAGAGAGUACAGGCCUGUACACUUCAUAAUUCAUCCAGCUACUUCUAUAAGCAGGCACAUCAUUAAUAAACACUAGUGACCCGGUUGCACUGGCAGCCAUGCCAAUGCCAUAACACUGCCUCCACUAUGUUUGACAGAUGAUGUGGUUUGAUUCAUAUCACGAGUCAUUUCUCUCUUCCUCCAUAUGUUUCUUGUCGUAUCAGUCUGAUAAAAGUUCAUCUUGGUUUCAUUUGUCAAAAAAAAAAAAAAAGGAAAGUCUAAUCUGUCUUUCAUGUUGCUGAAUGUAACCAGCGGUUUGCACCUUGUGAAACACACUGUGCUGAUCAUUUAUCAUGAGGGUGUAUCUGGAGAGUAGACUUUGCCAAUAAUAUGUCUACCUCCUC